AUGGCCAGCAAUGAGAGGUUGGCAUCGCUCCAGCUUGAGGUUUACUGUGGCGGAGGUCUUCUUGCUGGCAUCAUCGCACACCAAGGCGUAUUCAUUCGAGGAGAAUGGCACGUGCAGUCCCCAGCUAUCCUUGCGACUCACGGCGGUCUAUUUCUAUGUCUCUGGGUCGCCAAGGCGUACAUUAGUAUGCAUCAAGUCGAUGUCGCCUUGUGGAUGAGCUACUGUUAUAUAUUUUCUCUGGUUAAUAGUAUCGUCUUAUACCGCGUCUUCUUCCACCCGCUUACCAGGGCAGGCUUCCGAGGACCUUGGUACGCGCGCAUCACGAAGCUAUGGCAUGUAUGGGCCGCGAGGAAAUCGAAGAACCACCUUGUUCUGGCUAAGCUACACGAGAAAUACGGUGAGUUUGUAAGGACGGGUCCAGCAGAAAUCACCGUAUUUCAUCCCGAAGUCUUCCAGGCUGUCGACGGGCCUCGAACAGAAUGCAUCAAAGCCGAAUGGUACGACAUUUUGCACCCAGAAAUGGCCCUGGUUACAGCACGUUCUAAGGAAAUCCACGCAGCCCGUCGUCGAGAAUGGAAACGCGGCUUCACUCCUACAGGCCUUGCGCACCACGAGACCAAGAUGCUCAAGUACGUAGACCAGCUGGAUCAGUGCAUUGAGAGAGACGCUCGAGCAUCGAGACCCUCGCACGUAAACAACCUUUUCUUCUGGUUCAGCUUCGACGCUAUGGGUGACUUCGUCUUCAACCAGUCCUUUGGCAUGCUGCACGACCAGCGCUGGCAUCAUAUUAUCGUGCGGUUGCAGACCGCCCUCUCGCUGCUCGGGCCAUUCAGCCCAGUACCCUGGCUCAUCCAGGUCGGUUUUAAGCUGGCCCCACGAUUGGGGCCCCUCCGAGACUGGUUUGACAUGGUGGCCUGGUGCGAGAGUCAGAUGCGUACGCGGCUCGCUGAUGGCUACCUAAAGCAGCCAUCUCCCGAUCUGACGCAUUAUCUCAUGGAGCAGGAGGAUCAGACCAAGGACGCAGUUAGCCUGACUUGGCUACAGGGUGAUAGCCUACUGGCGAUUGUAGCAGGAAGUGAGCCCACUGCCAUGUCCCUAAUAGGCGUCUUCUGCGAACUCGCCAAGUACCCACAGCAUGCAGACAUCAUCUACGACGAGCUCAUCAAUGCCGGCAGCGGCAGCGACGAAAUCACUACCGACCGCAAAAUCCUGUGCCGACUCAAACACCUUAACGCCGUACUUAACGAGUCGCUACGUUUGUACCCGGCGCUACCCACAGGCGGAGCGAGGAAAUCCACCAAGAACGGCGUUACUAUCGGGGGCAACUUCAUCCCUCCCCACACAACAAUAAUAGCUCCUCGGUUCUCCAUAUUCAGGAUGGAAGAGUGCUUUGAUAGACCCAACGAAUUCAUACCCGAGCGAUGGACCACGCGGCCCGAAAUGGUGCGCAACAUAGCUGCAUUUUCUCCUUUCGGAACCGGAGAUACGAGUUGCCUAGGCCGUGCCUUGGCCACAGACACAAUGCGGUUCGUAACUGCCAGACUUGUGAAAAAGUACCGUUUCCGACUUCCACCUGGGGAGACGGGAUGCCGAGUUCUUGAUGAUAUGCGGGAUCAAUUCACGUCGAUUUCGGGCAGGUUAACGUUGAGUUUUGAGUUGAGGUGA